GCUCAACCUGGAGAGGGUUCGUGGACGAGAUGACGGGGGAGACGAAGGCCUGCUCUGGGAACUGUGGAAACACGAAGUGGAUCUGCGACCAGCAGUUGUCGGAGUCAGAGCCCAAACUCCGAGAGUGGUGCUAUCAAACAAAAGUCUCGUGGCUCAACACCUGCGACCGACCUAUGCACACCUGCACCUUCCACCAAAGCUUGGAGGUCAUCCGUGAGGCGGUAUCGGGCAAGACCCUGACCCUUGCCAAUUCCUCGGAUCUUGCGGCUGUAUCGAAUCUGUGGCCAGACAAGAAGCGCCUCAACCUUCUCUGGGGCGUGGAGUGGGCGCGGGUAUGGCUGCCCGGGAACUUCCAAAACAAGCGCAUUUUGGUGACCACGCUUCUCCGAGAGCCGAAGGAGCGCAUCCGAUCUUUCUAUUACUUCAAGAACGGUGCGCCCACCCGUGAAGGUUUCAAGGCCUUCCUCGAGUUCCGACGUGACUUCGUGCUUGGGAACAUGACGCAGGAGCGGUACGAAGCAGAAAAGGGACAUCAGGACCGAGCCUUCACGACGAUGAGUCUCCUUCUUCGGUCCUGCUGCGAGUAUGAGACGUGGCUAGGAGAUGGAUCGGUGGCAAAAGCCAAGCUCGUACUUUCCACGCAGUUCGACCUGGUUGGCAUCACCGAACGGAUGAACGAUGCUCUGGUGAGCCUGGGUCGUUUGUAUGGUCUCUCUGCAGAAGAGACCGCGAGGAUCGGACUAAAAGCUGAUCAAGAUAAGCUCGACAACUCUGAGAACAAGCUGGACUGGACCGACGAGGAACUCAGUCUCACCACUCUCGUGGCGGAGAAGGGAACGCAGAUUUACGAUUUCGGUCAGGAGCUCUUCGAACGGCAGUCUGUGAGUCUCUUUGGGACCUAUGAGAAUUUGCGCGCGGCAGUUGAGACCUUUGAGAAGAUGGAUCCAGAGAGCCUGGAGUGA